GACUCUCUAAGGCAAGAUGAAACUCGACGGACGAACGCGGUAGAAUAUUCUCUCCAGGGGCACUCUAUCCACGGAGUGCCUUUAUCCGCCGUCGAUCGGUAUGACUGACUCAUCGGCUGGAAUUGGAUAUAAACUUGAAUCAGCCCUAACCCUAUACCCUAAGAAUGUCGGACGUGGUUUUGUAAAGAUGCAUCACUCGCUUCUGUGCGUACCCGGUAGAGGGUAAAAUGGCUGGUGUCGACGGAAUGAUGGGAGGGAGUUGGUCAUGAUGAUAUUCUUCUAUUCGCCAAACUGUAGGCGGGGUAUCAACCAACAUGUUGGAAUACCAACAUUAAUCUGGCGGGGGUGUCUUUGUCUUCCAACUCUCUGCUCACUACAGAUUUCUGAAAUGCUAAGCGGCCAUGUCCAAGCCAACUAUAGUCUUCAUACCAGGAGCAUGGCUCCCCGAGCCUACUUACUCCUCUUUCCUCCAAGCCUUGGAGAAGGCCGGAUACCCCGUCCGCUACAUCUCGUUCCCCUCUUCGGAAUCCGCGGGCGCUGAUUGCCAACAAGACGCAACAGCUAUUCGAGACCAAGCAAUCAAGCCAUUGAUCGAGCAUGAAGGCAAAGAUAUCCUUCUUCUUAUGCACUCGUACGGGUCUAUGCCCGGUGCCUCAGCAGCCAGGGGAUUUUGCAAAACGGACCGCCAACGAAACGGUCAAGCAGGAGGUAUCAUUGCAUUGAUUUGUAUUGGGGCGUUUCUGGUGCCGGAGGGAUUGAGUUGUGCUGGUUUGCAAGGAGGGAAGCUUCCGGAUUGGGUUUUACUGGAUCAGCCCGAGAAAGGGGUGAAUAUUCCAGAUAAUGCAGUCGAGAUCUUCGCCGCCGAUGUUGAACCAGGUCUCACGAAUCAGAUGACUGCACAAUUGAAACCGCAUUCGAACUUGGCAUUUACAUCGGAGCAACCACCUUCAGCUUGGACCGAGUCAUCCUACGAUGGCCGUUGUGCAUAUAUAGUCACUGGAGAAGACCGAGCUGUCUCCAAGCAUGCGCAAUACCAGAUGAUAGAAGGAACUGGCAAGAGAUGGAUUGUGAAGGAAAUUCCAAGUAGCAGUCAUAUGGCGCCAUUCCUGAGUCUCACUGAUAUUUGUAUUGAGUUGGUACAUGAGAUUGUCAGUGAAUGCGAGGAUUUCUAAGCAGGUUUAGUUUGUGGAAUG